UUCAAAUUAUCACUUUACUUAUCGUGCUUUCAUAAAUCACAUUUAAUCUUAGCAUUUUUGCGAUACACGUAAUUGCGGUAAUAUCGUGUGUUUAUUGCUGUUAAACGUCCACGAAAUAUGUCGUGUCUGACAUUUAUAAUCACAAAAUGGAUCGUCACACUUUACAUAUGCUCGAUCACAUUGUAUGAUGACACAGUCAGCAAAAAUGCGCCGAACAGUCAUUAUUCUCUAUUUUGCCGGUUUCCUGUUAGAAGAAAUAGGCGGAAAUGCAACAUAUAAAGCGCAACCAAAAAUUAUCGGAGGACAAUCAAUUGAUAUACAAUAUAGACCCUUCGUGCUUUCGUUACAUAAUUUGUAUGGACAUUUGUGUGGUGCCAGUAUAUUGUCGAGAAGAUGGGCCAUCACUGCUCUUCAUUGUUUAUUCCCAUUGAAGAGAACGUAUUACGUACGGGCUGGAUCCAAUAAACUAGAUAGAGGUGGAUCUAUACAUAGGGUGACGAAUAUUCAUAUAUACAACGAUACAUAUCCCUCUUUGUUCUCGUCGUAUCAUGAUAUAGCUCUUUUUGAAGUGAAACCACCAUUUCGUUUUUCGAGAACCGUCCGACCAGUUCGUUUACCAAGAUCAAUCCACGAAAUACCGCGUAAACUAUUAGUUUGUGGUUGGGGAUAUAUAAAUAACGAAAGAGAAAAGCCCGAAACUCUGAUGGGCGUUUACGUUGAACAUGUUCCGUUUGAAACCUGCGUUAAUGCCACUUCUUCAUACGCACUACUUGUCGACGAUGACUAUCAUUUGUGCUAUGGAACUGAAGGAAAAGAUGCGUGUUUUGGAGACUCUGGAGGACCAUUGGCCAGUAAAAGAACAAUUUAUGGUUGAAAGUAUUGUUUUCGAGAGAAUAGGCACAAAAGGCAUAUCGAAUCAUGGAGUCGUGAACCCUUCUACGUUCAGGUUCGGUGCGUGCAGGAAAUCCACCACAUACGCGUGCUGCGCAAGAGUGUCGCGCACGCCUGCACGCGGCACACGUAGCGUUCGCUCGUGCAAUGCUGAAUAAAAGGUGUACGUGACUACAUAAUGUACGCAAUGAAUAUUUAGUUUUACGUGAUAACGAUAUUUUUUAAUGAUAUUGGUUGCUUUUGCAUGUACCACUCGUUAAAAAUUAACGGAGCGUGUUAGGUUGAACAUGAAAUACGUCUGAAAUGAUUGUAUGAGUAAUAUAAUGUAUAUAGAUUUUUAAUGAUAUGAUAGAAAAGUGAUACAUUUCUUUUGAAUAAAAGACAAAAGAAUAGUAUUGUAUGUGACUGAAAUGUGUAUAACACGCUUUGGUACUGUACAGAGAUUGAUCGGAAUAUUAUUUUUAAAUUGUUCUUUCACUUAAAAUUAUUUACAUAUAUAAACAAUCAUAGCAUUAAUAUGAAUCAAUAGAGAACAAAAAUUGUAUUUCUUUUUCUUACAGAUUUAAAAAGAUAUACACACACAUUGCAGAAAACAUGAAAAUAAUAUUCUAGUGCUUAGUUACACACAAAAAAAUUAAAUUAUUUAAAUUCUUUAUUUAUUUGUCCGUAAUAAAUUCCGUAAAUGUAAAAAUGGAGCAAAGUACAUGAAUAUUCUCCCACCAUUUGCUGUUCACUCGGCCAUGCACGCUUGUUACUUUCAAACUACUAUUUGCCGGGAUGACUCAUCCACGCGUGUUUCCCUGCAUGAAGCAAACCUCUGCUAGGUUUUUCGCUCGCGCUUUUAAAGGUCUUUAAACUCUCCUGCCACGUGCAAACUAUUGAGUGUCUCUGUAGAAGACCGUGAGAAAUGCAUUAUCGUAACGGGACAUCCGUCACAUUUGGAUGUUCCGAGACAUGACUGCUUUUGCGGAUAUUACACCAUCAAUUCCGUUCGAGAUACGGCUUAAUGAUAGUAAUAUACUUCAGGAAAUAGUGUGUCGCUUAUUGAUAACAGGAACAAAUCAGCAUUAUAAAUUCUCAUAUAGCGACGUGCUGUAUUACAUGCGAUGAGAUUUGUAUUAUAUAUGUGUGAUUAUAAUUAUAUAUACAUAUGUGUAGCGUAUGAUGAGUGCGUAUUUAAAAAUAAGUUUGCUAAAUAUAUAUUUGUGACAUACAUGUGCCAUUUGUGGCAUUAUGUUAUCUUUAAUCAUAAUAGUGGUUCAUAUGACGACAUUCUACAUGCCAGUAGAUAUUAAUAUAAAUAUCAAUGCUUUGAGUUAUCUUUGAAAUACGCAUAUCCUAUUACAAAAGUUUGCGGUUUUAUCUUGAAACAACCACUGUUAUCACAAUAUGAUGAAAUUUUUUUUCUCAACGCAAAUGAUUUUAUAAGCAGUGCAUUAAACUUUUUUUAGCAGGGCAAGAAAAUCGUCUUAAAUAUUAUAUGUAUUUCCUUGCUUAAUAUUAUAAUAAAAAUGCUGAACGUUAUGUAAAAAAAGGGAUGAUCGAUAGUUUCAUUAUUUAAAAGG